CCGCCCCGGCCGGCCGCGCACCAUGUGAGCGCCCGCGCCGGGCGCCCAGCACCCCGCGACCAUGGGGGACGCCGCGGAGCCGCGCGAGCUGCGGAGGACGUUCAUUGUCCCCGCCAUCAAGCCCUUCGACCACUACGACUUCUCCCGGGCCAAGAUCGCCUGCAACCUGGCCUGGCUGGUGGCCAAAGCCUUCGGCACCGAACAUGUGCCCGAGGAGCUGCGGGAGCCGUUCUACACGGACCAGUAUGACCAGGAGCACAUCAAGCCGCCCGUCGUGCACCUGCUGCUGUCGGCCGAGCUGUACUGCCGGGCGGGCAGCCUCAUCCUCAAGAGCGACGCGGCCAAGCCCCUGGUGGGCCACGACGCCGUGGUGCAGGCCCUGGCGCAGAAGGGGCUCUACGUCACCGACCAGGAGCGGCUGGUGACCGAGCGGGACCUGCAGAGGAAGCCCAUCCAGAUGAGCGCCCACCUGGCGAUGAUCGACACCCUGAUGAUGGCCUACACGGCGGAGAUGGUGAGCGUGGAGAAGGUGAUCGCGUGCGCCCAGCGGUACUCCGCCUUCUUCCAGGCCACCGACCUGCCCUACGACAUCGAGGACGCCGUCAUGUACUGGAUGAAUAAGGUAAACGAACAUUUGAAAGACAUUCUGGAGCAGGAACAGAAACUGAAGGAGCAUCACACAGCGGACGCCCCAGGAGGUCAAAAGGCGCGGUACCGGAAGGAGCAGACGCUGCUGCGGCAGCUGCCGUGCAUCCCGCUGGUGGAGAACCUGCUGAAGGACGGGGCGGACGGCUGCGCGCUGGCCGCCCUCAUCCACUUCUACUGCCCCGGCGUCGUCAGGCUGGAGGAUAUUUGUUUGAAAGAAACCAUGUCUUUGGCUGACAGCCUGUACAAUCUGCAGCUGGUCCAGGAGUUCUGCCAGGAGCACCUGACCCAGUGCUGCCACUUCUCGCUGGAGGACAUGCUCUACGCCGCCGCGUCCAUCAAGAGCAACUACCUGGUGUUCAUGGCCGAGCUCUUCUGGUGGUUUGAGGUGGUGAAGCCGUCCUUCGUGCAGCCCCGCGUGCUUCGUGCACAAGGAGCUGAGCCUGCAGCGCCCGCCCCGGACGGCCGAGCCAGCACCGUGGACAGCUCCCCGGGCCCCGCCAGCGCGGAAGGAGAUGUGUUUCCACACCAUCAUCACUUGCCUUCCAGACACUCGCGCCCCCAGCCUCCUUCAGCCUCAGGAGGAAUCCGAAGGUCUUCAUCGAUGUCUUACGUUGAUGGCUUCAUAGGGACGUGGCCGAAGGAGAAAAGAUCAUCAGUGCACGGAGUUUCGUUUGAUAUUUCUUUUGAUAAGGAAAACACGGCGCCGAGAAGCACGCCAAACCGAGGCAUCCCUCGCUCUGUCAGUAACGAAGGUCUUUCCCUGAACCACAACCGAGCGUCCAAGACCACGAGGAAGAACUUGUCUUUCAAGCCCAUCAGCGGGGAGGAGGAGGCAGGCGGCAUCGAGGAGGAGCUGAGCGCGGCCCCUGGCGGCGGCUUCCCGACCUACGUGCCCCACCCCGCGCCCAAGCUCAACUCCAGCGAGAACAUCCGCCGCCAGCUCCCGAACGGGGCCCUGCAGCCGGGGCUCCUGGGCGAGCCGGGCAGCCAGGGGGAGACGCCCAGCAUCGAGGAGGCGCUGCAGAUCAUCCACGACACGGAGCAGCGCCCCCUCGCGCCCCCGCCCGGCCACGUCGCCAACGGCUUCUUCCUGCACAGCCAGGACCUGAGCCCCCUGCACGCCGGCCUGCAGCUGCGCCCGCCCAGCCCCGACCGGCUGACCGACCCCGCCGGUGCCUUGAGCCCCGUGACCGACGACACGGAGGCGGACACCGGCAUCCACGUGCCGUCGGAGGACCUCCCGGGCACGGCGGACGAGGACUCCUCGCUGCGGGACUACACCGUCAGCCUGGACUCGGACGGGGACGACGCGCCCAAGCCCCUGCAGGACCACGACCCGCGGCCCGGCAGCGCGCGCGAGGCCCCCAGCCCCUGCCCCAGCACCGUGAGCACCCGCUCCCAGCCCGGCAGCAGCGCCUCCUCCGGCUCCGGCGUCAAGAUGACCAGCUUCGCCGAGCAGAAGUUCCGGAAGCUCAACCACACGGACGGCAAGAGCAGCGGGAGCAGCUCUCAGAAGACCACGCCCGAGGGCUCGGAGCUGAACAUCCCGCACGUGGUGGCCUGGGCGCCGAGCCCGGAGGACGCGGGCCUGCCGGGCCGGGACAGCACGCAGCUGCUGGCCUCCGAGGUGCUGCAGCUGCGCAUGCGGCUGGAGGAGAAGCGCCGGGCCAUCGAGGCGCAGAAGAAGAAGGUGGAGGCCGCCUUCACCCGGCAGCGGCAGAAGAUGGGCAGGACGGCCUUCCUCACGGUGGUGAAGAAGCGGGGGGACGGGGCCGCCCCGCUGCGGGAGGAAGCGGCCGGGGCGGAGGACGAGAAGGUGUACAGCGAGCGGGCGCCGCCCAGGGCCGGCGGGCAGCGCAGCAAGUCUCUGGCGGACAUCAAGGAGGGCGCGGAGGGCGCCCCCGCCCCGUGGCCCACGUCGCCCACGUCGCCCGUGGACCCCGAGAGGCCGUGGGGGCCGGCGAGCCCCUGCGAGGAGCCGGCGGCCGAGGGCGAGGUGCUGGAGUACACGCGGUCCAUCGAGAAGCUCAACGCCUCGCUGCACUUCCUGCAGCAGGAGAUGCAGCGCCUGUCGCAGCAGCAGGAGGCGCUGAUGCGGAUGCGCGACCGCCAGGCCUGGGUGGUGUCCCCGCCGCAGCCCGCGCCCCACGGGCAGGCCCGCGACCCCAGGCCCGCCCGGCCCGGCCCGGCCCCGCAGCCCAUCCACCGGAAGAGCGCGUCCUUCUCCAUCAAGACCCCGCGGACGCCCCGGCCCAACGAGCUGAAGAUCGCGCCGCUGAACCGCACGCUGACGCCGCCCCGCUCGGUGGACAGCCUCCCGCGGCUGCGGCGGUUCUCGCCCAGCCAGGUGCCCAUCCAGACGCGCUCCUUCGUGUGCUUCGGGGACGACGGGGAGCCCGGGCCCGGGAAGGAGGGCGCCGACCCCCCCGAGGCCUCGGAGCCGCCCGCGCGGCCCCCGGGGGAGGCGGGGAAGCCCGUGGAGUCCAGCGUGUCCGAGGUGCUGGCCCAGCCCGUGACGGAGACCGUGUGCCUGACCCCCAGCGCGGACCCGCCCGGCUGGCCCGCAGAGCCUGCUCCCCGGCCCGCCCUCCCGCCCGCCGCCCCCAAAAGCGUCAGUCUCAUCGAGGUGUCCCUCUCGGACCUGCAGCCCCCGGAGAAGGCUGACGUGUGUGCGGAGAAGGCGGACGGGGACAGCGACAGAGAGCAGCCCGACGACGAGCAGAAAGUGUGCUGCGGCUUCUUCUUCAAGGACGACCAGAAGGCGGAGGACGACAUGGCGCUGAGGCGGGCGGCGCUGCUGGAGAAGCGGCUGCGGCGGGAGAAGGAGACGCAGCUCCGCCGACAGCAGCUGGAGGCCGAGCUGGAGCACCGGAAGGAGGAGACGCGGCGGAAGACGGAGGAGGAGCGCCAGAAGAAGGAGGACGAGCGGGCGCGCCGGGAGUUCAUCCGGCAGGAGUACCUGCGGCGCAAGCAGCUGAAGCUCAUGGAGGACAUGGACACGGUGGUCCGGCCCCGCCCGCCCGCCGCCAGGCACAAGAAGCAGCGCCCCAAGUCCAUUCACCGAGACCACGCGGAGCCCCCCAAGACCCCCACCCCGGGCCCCCCAGUCUCCAGCCUCUCCCUGGCGUCACUGAACACGGGCGACAGCGAGAGCGUGCACUCCGGCAAGAGGACGCCCAGGUCGGAGUCCGUGGAGGGUUUCCUGUCCCCGAGCCGCUGCGGCAGCCGCAACGGAGAGAAGGACUGGGAGAACGCGUCCACCACGUCCUCGGUGGCCUCGGGGACGGAGUACACAGGACCAAAGCUCUACAAGGAGCCCAGCGCCAAGUCCAACAAGCACAUCAUCCAGAACGCGCUGGCCCACUGCUGCCUGGCGGGCAAGGUCAACGAGGGCCCGAAGAGGCGCAUCCUGGAGGAGAUGGAGAAGUCGGACGCCAACAACUUCCUGAUCCUGUUCCGGGACUCGGGCUGUCAGUUCCGGUCCCUGUACACGUACUGCCCGGAGACGGAGGACAUCGCCAAGCUGACCGGCAUCGGGCCCAAGUCCAUCAGCAAGAAGAUGAUCGAGGGCCUGUACAAGUACAACUCGGACCGGAAGCAGUUCAGCCACAUUCCCGCGAAGACGCUGUCGGCCAGCGUGGACGCCAUCACCAUCCACAGCCACCUGUGGCAGAGCAAGCGGCCCGUGACGCCCAAGAAGCUGCUGCCCGCGAAGGCGUAGGGCGGGGUUCGCGCCGGGACACGCGUGGGCGCCGCCGCCGCCCGCCUGGACAGCCUCCCUGAUCGCCAGCGGGACUCGUGUGCCCUGCCCUGGGCGCGGCUGCUGCGGCGCUGGCGGCUGGCGCUCCACCGGGCGGGGGCGGGUUCUCCUCGCCGGUGGUGCCCGCGGCGACGGACGCCGGGUCCGGUGGCGAGGGCGUGGCCGCACCGGCGCGGGCCAGGGGCACGGGGCACCCGCCUCCCCCACCGUCGGACGGCGGGCGGAGAGACGGCGAGGUUACGGAAUAUGGGUUUAUCUGUUGCUUUUUUAAACACUUUCCACGUA